AUGAGGCGUGCGCCGGCCGCCGAGCGCCGCUCCGAGCUGGGCUUUCCCCCGCCGCGCGGCCGCCGGGAGCCGCCUUUUCCGCUGGGUGUCACUCGGGGGUGGGGAGGAUGGCCCAUUCAAAAGCGCCGCGAGGGGGCCCAGCCGGCGCCCUUCAGUGAGCGCUCGCCAGGGGAAGGCGGAGGCCGGGCGGCUCGCGGCUCGCGGAGCUGGUGGCACAUCGGGACGCGGCUGCCCCUGUGCCGGGACCCCGACCCUCCGCCGCCGCCGCCCUGCCCGCUGCGCGUCAGCCUCCUCUGCGCGCUCCGGGACGGCGGCCGCGGGCGCCGCUGGGGCGAGGACGGCGCGCGGCUGCUGCUGCUGCCCCGUGCGCGGGCGGCGGGGAGCCCAGAGGCCGGGGCGAGCGGCAGCCCCCCGUAUGCCGGAAGGAUGCUGGAGAGCAGCGGUUGCAAGGCGCUGAAGGAGGGCGUGCUGGAGAAGCGCAGCGACGGGCUGCUGCAGCUCUGGAAGAAAAAGUGCUGCAUCCUCACCGAGGAGGGGCUCCUGCUCAUCCCGCCCAAGCAGCUACAGCAGCAGCAGCAACAGCAGCAGCAGCAGCCCGGGCCGGGGCCAGCAGCAGAACCGUCCCAACCCAGCGGGCCCGCGGUCGCCGGCCUUGAGCCCCCGGUAAAGCUCAAGGAAUUACACUUUUCGAACAUGAAGACGGUGGACUGCGUGGAGCGCAAGGGCAAGUACAUGUACUUCACCGUGGUGAUGGCGGAGGGCAAGGAGAUCGACUUUCGGUGCCCGCAGGAUCAGGGCUGGAACGCCGAGAUCACGUUGCAGAUGGUGCAGUAUAAGAAUCGGCAGGCCAUCCUGGCGGUCAAGUCCACUCGGCAAAAACAGCAGCACCUGGUCCAGCAGCAGCCCCCGCAGCCGCAAAUCCAGCCGCAACCCCAGCCCCAGCCCCAGCUCCAGCUCCAGCCCCAGCCCCAACCUCAGCCCCAGCAGCUCCACCCCUACCCGCACCCGCACCCACACCCGCACCCGCACCCGCACCCUCAUCCCCACGCGCACCCUCAUCCGCACCAACUCCAGCACGCGCACCCGACGCCGCACUCGCAGCCGCUCUCGCAGCCGCACGGCCACCGGCUUCUCCGCAGCACCUCCAACUCUGCCUGAAGAGGGCAGCAGCCCGGCCGGCCAAGGUUUUGAGGACUUGAGGAAGUGGGACGAGCACGUUUCUAUUGUCUUCUCCCGGGGCAAACACAAAACCGUCUCUAGGCGCCAGAUCAAGUAGCCUGGACAUCACCCGAGUGAUAACUUGUGAUUCCUCUUCGUUUUCUGCAUAUACAUCAUCACCGUGCAGGAAGCGAUUCUGAGUCAAGAAGACUUUAUAUAUGAACCUUUGAAAGGAUCAUCUAAACAUAGUGGACCUUCUAGGAGCCAUCUAUUAUGUACUGUAAUUUUAUUUUAAUGUAUUUUGGUUUAUGAUUAUUUAUUAGUUUUUGUAAAUGCCUGUUCUAAGACAUUUCCAAAUGUAGGCCAUUUCCCAAAACAGAAACUUUAUUUUCAAAAAACCCUUCCCUAGUAAGUUCUAAUCUUGAAGAAGAAAAAGGGGGCGGUGGAGGGGAAACAUUAAAAACCCAUUCACUAUCCCUGGCCUUUUCAGAAGGUCUCUUUCAUUGUUAUGCCAGGUGAUUGAAAUUAAACUCUGAUAUUUUUUA